UUCUCAGCUUAACCGCUCCUUUCCCACGUUAACCCCAUUUUCCAUUCCCAUUUUCCUCUCUAUAAAUACCUCAAUUUCCCAAUUUUAUUCACAUUCUCAUCAAUCGUAAACCAAAACCUAAACAAUCUGCAAUCAUGGCUGACCAAGCACCACCUCCACAACAAGAACUCGAUGCAAUUCAGGAGGAAGAUCAACACCAACUCAAGUACCUCGAAUUCGUGCGAUUUGCCACCAUUCAAGCCCUCAUGGGUUGCGCCAUCCUCUACUCUUACGCCAAGGAACGCGCUGGUCCUCUCAAGCCCGGCGUCGACACCGUUGAAGAAGCUGUCAAGACCGUUGUAGCUCCCGUCUACAACAAGUUCCACCUCAUCCCUGCUGAGUUCCUCAGUUACGUCGACCGCAAGGUCGAGAAAUCCGUGGCGGAGUUUGAUCACCAUGUGCCUUCCAAUGUCAAGAAGGUUUCCUCCCAGGCACGUUCCGUGGUCUCCGAAGUUCGCCGAGCUGGCUUCAUUGAUGCCGCCUCUGGCUUCGCCCAGACUGUUUACUCCAAGUUCGAGCCAAAGGCGGAGCAGUGUGCCGUGUUGGCUUGGCGCCGCCUGAACCAGCUUCCCCUUUUCCCUCAGGUGGCCAAUGCUGUCUUGCCAAAAGCUGCCUACUGUACCGAGAAGUAUAACGAAGUGGUUGUUUUCUCCGCCAAGAAAGGUUAUAAGGUUUUGGCUUAUCUCCCUUUGGUGCCUACUGAGAAGAUAGCUAAGGUCUUUAAUGGAAACUGAUAUUGUUUUUGUUGUUUUUUGGAGUUUAUAUCGUCUUUUUACUUUCAUUACAUACAAAGGAGUUGCUAGUCUCACUAAGUUGGACUAGGAUAUAUGAUAUGAAUAUUCCUUUUGUUUCUAUAAGCAUAACAUGUGUUGCUUGGGCAGUUUCCAUGGCAGAUUGGUUUAAAAUUUAAUAAAAUUGAU